AUCCGCACCCUGCUGUACAUUAUCGCAUUCACUGAAUCUUCACCGUCUCAGAGCAGCAGCAGCGUACGUUUACAGCAAUGGCCAAUUACAUUCACGUUCCAGAAGGCGCGCCUGUGGUUCCUAAAUUAGACGUGACUCUAGAUGAGCACGAUUACAGAGCCGGAGCCCUGAAACUCAUCAAGACGCUGAGACCCCACUGGAAACCCUCAGAGGUCAAAAUGAAGUCUUUCACUGACGGCAUCACGAACAAGCUGAUUGGCUGUCACGUCGGCGGGUCCAUGCAGGACGUGGUCCUGGUUCGGGUCUACGGGAACAAGACGGAGCUGUUUGUGGACCGUGAGAACGAAGUGAAGAGCUUCCGUGUCCUGCAGGCGCACCGGUGUGCUCCACGCCUCUACUGCACCUUCAACAACGGCCUGUGCUAUAAGUUCCUGAAGGGGGUGGCCCUGGAGCCCGAGCACAUCCGCAGCCCUGCCAUCUUCAGGGACAUUGCGAGGCAGAUGGCAAAAUACCAUGCCAUACAUGCCCACAACGGCUGGGUGCCCCAAUCAGACCUCUGGCUGAGGAUAAGCAAGUACUUCUCUCUUGUUCCUACACACUUUGACGACCCUGUGAAGGACCAGAGGCUGAACAGUGAGGUGCCCAGCACUGAGUGUCUUCGAGACGAGAUGAUCUGGCUUCAGCAGAACCUUUCUAAACUGGCUUCCCCAGUCGUUCUGUGUCACAACGAUCUGCUCUGUAAGAACAUCAUCUACAACCAGCAGGAAGGAAAUGUCAAAUUCAUUGACUACGAAUAUGCUGGGUACAAUUACCAAGCCUUUGACAUUGGGAAUCACUUCAAUGAAUUUGCAGGUCUGAAUGAGGUGGACUACACGCUGUAUCCUGGGCGAGAGCUCCAGUUGCAGUGGCUCCGGGCCUAUCUGGAGGCCUACAAGGGGUACAAAUCACAGGGCACACAGGUCUCCAGCACUGAAGUGGAGGUGCUGUACGUGCAAGUCAACCGCUUCGCCUUGGCAUCUCAUUUCUUUUGGGGACUCUGGGCAUUGAUCCAAGCUCAGUACUCCACCAUUGACUUUGACUUCUUGGGAUAUGCAGUUCUCCGUUUCAGCCAGUACUUCAAGAUGAAACCAGAGGUGAUGUCACUGCACCUUCCAGAAUAAUCUCUCAGACCUGGGCUUGAGCUUCUCCAGAGAAGGGCUCCCCCUGGUGGACACAAGAACUAGCUGGAGACCUCUUCAGUUUGUAGAAUGAACACUGCACUUACUUGUCUGAACACAUCAUUUUAGAUAAGCCCCACAUCACCUCUGAACUCAAAGCUGGUUUAGCGUUAUAGAGAACCAGGCACCUAAGCCCUCCUCCUCGCUUUUAUGUGGCGGUCGAGAGACCCACCCCAGUGCCCUAGUCCAUUUUCAGUGAAGUGAAAUUGCCAAUUGAGGAAGCAAACCGCUCCUAUAGAUUGCUUACUCUAGAGCCUCGACUUGCCAAUAUAUGUUAAGAGAAGCCCUGGAGAAUCUCAAAUUAAGAAAAGCUCCCCAGAUAUCCAUCCUCCAAGGACAGGGAACCUCUGACAACAAUUAUUAUCUGGAGACAGAGAAGGAGGGCAGCUGGGUCUGUUUUCAGCAACUAACUAUCAUCCUAAAGGUCAUUCCAGCUUGUUUACACAACUUUUAAUGGGAGAAAUCAGUGUACUGUAAGAUAAUGUAGGCUUUACUGUAUGGAUAGUCACUGAUUCUGACUAAACGGUGAACUUUGGGCCUGUCUGUUCCUACGAGGGUUGUUCCUGGCACAGCUGCAUUAAGAUGUGUAAUUCAGGGACCAAUAGAAGCUUCGUUGUUCGUCUCUGGCAGACGGUUCCUCCCUUGUCCUGUCACUGUGAACCACUGUAUAGAGCCUUCAUAAAGUUUCUCAUUGUUUUCUCAGCGUGGUGCUUGGAGAAAGUAGACGCACAGUAGCCGUGGCUACACUGAGCCGGUAGCUAAUCUGAAGCCCACACCAAAGUGCUGAUAUUUCUUGCUUGUACAUUAUGCACAGUGUAUUUUUUCACUGUAGAAAUAACAUGUGGUAAUAUUUACAUUUUGAACGGUGGUUUUUGUACUUAUUUAAAUGGCGCUGUUAAAGAGGUCGCUCUUGAGACGUGUGCUUUUUCUGGGAGGUUUCGCUGAACUUUUUGUAAUGGAUGUAUUUCCUGGAAGCUUUAACGAAGGCAUCGCCUGCUGGACGCACUAAAGCUUUUGUAUUCGUAACCCCUGUCCACAUAACUAAAUAACAGGCCUUUUUGCACAAACUCUGAUUGCUUUAAGAACAAAAUCAGUCCACAGUUC